UCUAACGACCAACCAUGCCUGAUCCAGUCAAAGCCCCGAAGAAAGGCUCCAAGAAGGCCGUGUCUAAAGCCACCAAGACCGGCAAGAAGAAGAGAAAGACCCGCAAGGAGAGCUACGCCAUCUACGUGUACAAGGUGCUGAAGCAGGUCCACCCCGACACCGGCAUCUCCUCCAAGGCCAUGGGCAUCAUGAACUCCUUUGUGGGAGACAUCUUUGAGCGUAUUGCCGGUGAGGCUUCCCGCCUUGCUCACUACAACAAGCGCUCCACCAUCACCUCCAGGGAGAUCCAGACCGCCGUCCGCCUGCUGCUGCCCGGUGAGCUGGCCAAACACGCCGUGUCUGAGGGCACCAAGGCCGUCACCAAGUACACCAGCUCCAAGUAAACCCGCUGUCUGUACCAUCAACUCAAAGGUCCUUUUCAGGACCAC